GGUAGGGCGGGGCGGGCCGGGGCGGAGGGGUGGGGCCGGGGGCGGAGCUGCUGGAGGGGGCUGCUCCGCGCCGGGGCCGUUGGCUCCAGACAAAUAAACAUGGAGUCCAUCUUCCACGAGAAACAAGAAGGCUCGCUUUGUGCUCAGCAUUGCCUGAAUAACCUAUUACAAGGAGAGUAUUUUAGCCCUGUGGAGCUCUCCUCAAUCGCACACCAGCUCGAUGAAGAGGAAAGGCUGAGAAUGGCAGAAGGAGGGGUCACUAGUGAAGACUACCGCACAUUUUUACAGCAGCCUUCUGGAAAUAUGGAUGACAGCGGCUUUUUCUCUAUUCAAGUUAUAAGCAAUGCCUUGAAAGUUUGGGGUUUAGAACUAAUCCUAUUCAACAGUCCAGAGUACCAGAGGCUCAGAAUUGAUCCUAUAAAUGAAAGAUCCUUUAUAUGCAAUUAUAAAGAACAUUGGUUUACAGUUAGAAAAUUAGGAAAACAGUGGUUUAACUUGAAUUCUCUGUUGACGGGUCCAGAAUUAAUAUCAGAUACAUACCUCGCACUAUUCUUGGCUCAAUUACAGCAAGAAGGUUAUUCUAUAUUUGUUGUUAAGGGUGAUCUGCCAGAUUGUGAGGCUGACCAACUUUUGCAGAUGAUCAAGGUCCAACAGAUGCAUCGACCAAAACUUAUUGGAGAAGAACUAGCACAUCUGAAAGAACAGAGUGCCCUCAAAGCAGAUCUGGAGCGAGUCUUAGAGGCAGCUGACGGGCCAGGGGUGUUUGAUGAAGAUGAGGAUGAUUUGCAGAGAGCUCUAGCCAUAAGUCGCCAGGAAAUCGACAUGGAGGAUGAAGAAGCCGAUCUCCGCAGGGCCAUUCAGCUCAGUAUGCAAGGUAGUUCCAGAACUAUGUGUGAAGAUAGUCCACAGACGUCAAGUACAGAUCUUUCUUCAGAAGAGCUGCGGAAGAGAAGAGAAGCCUACUUUGAAAAACAGCAGCAUCAGCAACAGGAGAUAGACCGACCAGGACCUUUUUCAUACCCAUGUGAGAGACCAACCACAAGUUCAGGAGCACUUGGGGGCAACCAAGCAGGCGAUGCCAUGCGUGAAGAGGACAUACUUCGGGCAGCUGUGACCAUGUCUUUAGAAACUGCCAAAGACAAUUUGAAAGCAGAAAGAAAAAAAUAGUACCUUUAAAAAUCAUUUUGCUAUUCAUACUUUGUAACAUUGUGAGAUUACAGUGUAAGGUCCACUUUGGCAGUGUGUUCACCAGAAGAGAUAAGACACUGCGGUGGUUUAUAAGCAGAAAGGCAGACGUGUGUCACAGGACUGAGGAAUGAUCGAGAAACUAGCCAAAGAGGCAGUCAGCAAUGAAAGAAACGUAAGGUAGUUUUCUAAAAGUCCCUUCUUGUUUUCUAAAUGUGCAAUAUCUGACUGAAAUUACGGAAUUUUUUUUGGUUCUUUUGGACCAACCGAUUAGCUCUUGCCACAGAACUUGCUCCCUUGGUGUUUCAUUUUCUCUCUGCAUUGGAGGUGGCUUGGCUCACUUGAACUUUUACUUCAUUUCAGCCCAACCUUUUUAUGAGAUGUCUUUUGUAUGUCUUGUCACAGAAAGAUCAAUCUGUCUUCUCGUAUAUAUGUAGGGUGUGAGAAUGCUUCCUGGUGUGAUUUUUCUCUGGUUUUGGUUAUUCUCUCGCAUCUCCAAUGUGGUGAUCUGUUACUUUUAAAGCCUUUUUUAGUGGGAUCAUUAUUUCUGGUGCAUUCCUCUAAAGUCAGUUCUGCUCUUCUAAAUGAGCUGAGGUUUUUUGUGAGCAUGUGAGAUUGUGCUUUCUAGAUGCCCUGUGAAGGAUUUCAGUUGUGUCCCUGGCCGACUUCUGAAAUCCUUCCUCUACCUUAUUUCCUUUCUUUUCCAGUUAAGAAAAGGAGAGGCAGAGGACGCAAACGUAUUUUCUUCUGCUUAACAUGCACCAUGAAUGUUCCACAGGAGAAACUCACCCUUCAGUCUUGGUGGUGGGUUUGUUCUAGUUUUUCUUCCAUGACAGGAGCUUUGUGUUCUAUUCACGAUUAAGUCCUGGAAAAUAGAUGCCUGCUUCACUUUAAAAAAAAUUUUUUUUUUUAUUUUAAUAGAAGAUAGGCUGCUAGGAUGAUGGUCUAGAAUCUCAAAGUAAUUUACUAAUGAAAAUAUAUUUAAAUAUACUAUGGGUUGACCCUUGCAAUCAUGUUAAAAUUGCUUAAGAAUUACAGAAGUCACAAUGCUCAAAGGUUCUGUUUGUAAAUAAGAAGUCCUUAGUUUUGAUAAGCAUUAAGUGGGGUGCACAGCUGGUCUUGGUGGGUCAAUACUUGGUAUGAUUUGGGUGAAAACUGUGUCUUUGUCAUGGUGUCAUAGAUUCUGAUAUCUGCUUUCCCCUCCCCUCCCCUUUGAAGCCCCUUUGAAUGUUGACUUGUACAUAGGUAAAGUCCAAGAAGAGAUUUGAGCCAGCAGCUUGGGAAGUUGAAGCACGCUGUAUUGCUCUACUGGUGUGUGUUCUGCACACGUUUUUAUCAGGGAAAGUUUUGGAUGUAGGAUUUAUUGCUAUCUAACUGAAAAAGAUACAAAUAUUUUUAUUUAUGAUUAUGAAAGAGCUUUUUCUUGAUAGGAUGGAUUGUUUUGUUUUGUUUAGCUGUACAGAAGAUUGAAGCCCAGGGCCUCCUGUGUGCUAGGCAAGCCCUCUAUCUCUGAGCUACAUUACGUCCCCAGAUCCAAAACAGGUGUUUCUUUGUUUUGUUUUGUUAUUUUCUUAGCCAUUUUGUACCAAUUACAGUUUUUUUUAAAAAAAUUUGCUUUAUGAAAAAUUAGGCAGUUCUAUUUAAAAUCUACCAAGUUUUCUUUUAGUAAUUGCAAAGGCUCAGAAGAAUUGUGCAGCUGUAGAGUGUUUGAGUUAGGACUCUGCUUAUAGUUGAUAUGUUACUCCCCUAAGUGUGCCGGUCACAUGGCCUCUCCUUUACCCUUUGAAAAAUCACAUUAAACUUUCCAUAUAUUUAGAUUGAUGUGUUGCUGAUAGAAAAAUGAGAAAGCCAAUAUGCAUUUCAGUUUCAACUUUAGAGUUUAUAAAACUUUCAUAUAUAACACACCCUACUUAAAUCACGUAUGAAAUACAGCAUGUUGAUCUUUUAUUAGAAAUGUUUUAAAGAGAGACUGAGCAUACACUGAAUAUACUUGAGUACGUUUUUUUAGUGUGUUAUAAAUUAUGGUAUUUGUCCAGGCAAAUCCAAAAUCACCAUUGAACUGCCAUCCCCUUUGGAUUGACCUAGGCUUACCUAAACAUUUAGAUUUCAUUAUUAAUGAGUAGCCAGUAUGAAAAGAUGCCAAUAUUUAUUAUAACCACAGUAUCCAAAGUGUAAGAGUUCUCUGACGUUCUAGGUCAUCCAGGAGCUGCUGUUUAUAGUACUGCAGAACAGACAUGGGCCAGGGAACCCACUGUCACGUUUGUGUUACAGACCUGACUGACAUUUCCAUUCUGUGUUUACCAAUUGGAACACUUUAAUGUUUAAUAUUUAAACUACUGAUAUCAUUUUCUAAUGUGUAACUUGUUCUACCAGAUAAAAUAUGUACAGCCAUGAUACUAGUGUUAUAACCAAGUGUAAGAACACGUUGGAAGGCCAGGCAUGGUGCUGUAUGCCUUUAAUUCCAAUACUUGGGAGUCAGAGGCAGGCAGAUUUCUCUUUGAGUUCAAGGCCAGCCUGGUCUACAUAGUAAGUUCCAAACUUGCUGGAGCUGCACAGUAAGACCCUCUCUUAAAAAAACAAACAAAAACAAAACAAAACAAAAAAAAACCUUUACAAAGACCACUUUCAUAUUUUGGGAUGUCAUGAACUUAACUAUGUUUCAAAAAUUUAGAAUAGCUGUUCUUUGACCUAAACCAUAAUUCUACACCCUCAAAGACAGUACUGUGCAGACAUUUCACUGAUUUAAAUUGUUUGAUACAGUCAGUACAGGUGAACACCUCGGUAAAAUUUUAAACCUUGGCCAAAUAAUGUACACUUCACAGACUAUCUGAGGUGGUGCUUUUUUCUUUUCCUGAAAACUUGAUUUUUCUUGAUGAAGCCAAAGCUAAUGAGGACAAAUUCUCAAAAGGAGUAGUCUGCAUUGUUUUAUUUAAUAUCAGGUUGAGUGAAAUAAGUUUUAUUCGUGUCAGAGUCUAAGCCAAACAUUUUGAAUACCUGCACGUUUGGUACUAUGUAAAUCAUGCCAGGGCCAAGAGUUACUAAAUUCUUACAACUGGCCCCUGUGCCCUGCAUAUGUCCAAACUGGGCAGUGCAGAACCCAAAUGUGCUAUCUGAGAGUCUUACGCUGGGAAAGCGGAAUCUUUUAAAUUAGUAAGUUAAUAUUGAAACCUCCAAAUUCAAGUUAGGCAGAGCGGGUGUGCUCAGUGGUAGAGCAGUCACCUAGGGGCCCAGGCCUUGGGUUCAAUCUCUAACACUGCAAAAGGAGAACAGAGACUCACAAUGUAAGUGAGUUUACAUUUAGAGAGGCAUUAAAGGAAGUACUUUCAAAGUGAAUUGUUUGUUGUAAUUUAGUCCUAACAAGUGUAGAGCUAUGAUGUGUGACCUUAAUUAAGAAAAACCAGAUUGGAUCAGCUAAUCAGUAGUGUAAAUAAUUCUUUUGUUUUCAUAUAUAAAAUAAAAACUCUCCCUUUAAUUUGUUUGUAAUUAAAGAGACAAAUUGGUUUUGUAUUUUUUUCCAAAGUUUUAUACCUAAUAAAAAGAUUUCGUUGUAGUCUAUCAUGAAUGAAAAGGAUAUUGAUUUUUUUUUAAUUUGAGAAAUACUUUUUUGUGUAUAUGCCUAAAAUGGUCUGUCAUUUUAAGAACUAGCACAAAAAAAUAGAUAGUCCCUAAAUAUAUGGAGGUUUAAUAGUACCAGUACACAGUCCUAGGUAAGGCACUAGUGAGAAGUGUGUGGGAAAUGCAGUUAAGUAGGUAGGGCUCAUUUGUCUCUUACAUAGUUUAAAGAUGGUAUGUUUCCUGGAAUUUUUUAAUGACUUUUUCCCCAAGAAUACAGACAUUUGAGAUGUGAUUAUCUAAUUUCUACAACACUGGACUAAUAGGAAUAAUUUUUUUUAAAAAAAUGACUGUUCUGUAAAAAUGAACUCUAUGAAAAUCAAGUGCAAAAGCCGUGAAGUAAAGGGCACUGUCUUCUGGUCAGUGUGCUGCACUGUGGCCGGGCAGUUCCCUUAGGACCCAACUCUGCAGCCCUUCCUCCUGUGCCUCAAGUUGUCGGCUGCCACUCCACAGGUCUUCCUUCUGCCUGCUCCUCUGAAAGCUGGGCUUCCAAAGCACUGUUGAACACUGAGGGUUCUGUCGAUGUGGGUGUUAAUGAGUUGUAUUUUAAAUAUCAGAGAUUAUUAAAUAAAGAGAAUGAUUUUCUAUGAA